GCUGGGUCUCAGCACCAGGACCUCUCCUGCCCUCCCACCUCCGCCCCAUGGUGCCCCUUCCAAGCACCCAGCUGCUCUAGGGCGUGAGAGGAGGGGGGGUCCGGAUGCUGACCCGCUCUCUGCGUCACCUGCUGGACGGGGGAGGCGACACGGGGGUGACGCUCCACGCCUUUCGAAGCCGGACCCCUGACUCGGAGCGGGGCCCCCCAACACCUGAACAGGCCCCGGUGACUCUGCGCGAAGAGGCGGAGGAGGGCGUCAUCUACACCGUGAGCUCCCGUUCGCCAGGGGGCGCCAGGCGCAGCGGGGACGCCGGGGAGCCGGCUGUUCCAGGCCACGCGGCUGCUGAGUCGGCGGUGUCCGGUUCCCCGGUUCCCCCACCGAGUCAGUCACGGGCCCUGAAGGCUGGAUCGCUGCCCCGGCUCGUCCAACACCUGCUGGAAGCCCCCACGCUCGGGGACACCUGCUACGUGCCGGCCUUCCUGGCAACCUACCGGACCUUCGCCACGGCCCCCGUGGUCCUGAAGCUGCUGCUGGACAGGCUCCAGGCAGUAGCUGGGCCGGGAUCGGACAUCACCCCAGAAACACCGGAGUUGCAGCGAGCCCUGGGAUCGUUGCUUUGCUCCUGGCUGGAUGGGUACCCGGGCGACUUUGCGGGGCUGGAGGCCAGCCUCCGCGCACAGCUGCUGUUCUGGCUGCGUUGGGCCCUGGGGGACGGAUCCGGGUCCGAGAAGAGCCUCGCUGCGUCCUCGAGGGGGAGAGACCCCCCAGCGGCUGAGGGGGAGCCGGAGGAAGACGAGGACCACCUCACGGAGGAGGGGGAACCCGACCCCCACUACAUCCUGGGCCUCCAGGCGGAGGACGUCGCCGCCCACCUCACCGCGCAGGACGCAGAGCUCUUCCUGCGCCUCGUCCCCCACGAGUGCCUGGGCUCGCUGUGGUCCCAGCGGGACAAAAAGGGCCACGAAGGCGCCUGCCCCACGGUCCGGGCCACGGUGGCCCAGUUCAACCUGGUGGCCAAAGCGGUCGUCUCCUCCUGCCUGGGGGACACGGGGCUGCGAGCCGCCCAGCGCGCCCGGCUCCUGGAGAAGUGGAUCCGCGUGGCGGAGGAAUGCUUCUGCCUGCGGAACUUCUCCUCGCUCUACGCCGUGGUCUCCGCCCUGCACUCCACCCCUCUGCACCGGCUGAAGAGGACCUGGGAAGAGACGUCCAGGGAGUCUCUCCGGUGCUACGAGGAGCUCAGCGCCAUCUGCUCGGAGAAGGACAACUACAGCCAAAGCCGGCGGCUCCUCUUUCAGGAAGGUUCUCCUCGUGGUGCCAGCAGUGACCCGAUCCAGCGGAGGCAGCAGCGGAGGGCGUUGGAGCAGCGCUCCACGGGCGUGGUCCCAUACCUGGGCACUUUCCUCAAGGACUUGGUGAUGCUGGAUGCGGCCACACGGAACCGGCUGCGGAACGGAUACAUUAAUUUUGAGAAGCACCGAAAGGAGUUUGAGAUCCUGACCCAGCUGCGCCUCCUGCAGGCCAAGUGCCGCAACUAUGCGCUGAAUCCGGACCGGACCCUCCAGCGGUGGCUGCAGCGUCUGCCCCACCUCAGCGAGGUCCAAGGCUACCAGCUAUCCUGUGCCAUCGAGCCCCCUGCAGAAGGAGGGACCCCCGCAAAACCCCCGAAGCCCACCUUGCUGAUCACGCACUGCACAGACCUCCUCACGUCGAUUGGGAUGAGCACCCAGGUUCCCUGGGAUGGACCCUGCUCCCCCCAGGCACCGCCAGACCUUCUGACGCCUUCAUCCGCCUCCUCCCAGGGGCCGUUGCGCUUGGCCCAGCACACGAAGUGGCCCUCGGUCUCGUCACUGGACACGGCUGCAGAGAACGCCCCUCCCCCCUCCCCCGAGGGCCUCGCCCCACCUCCGGCCACUGGGGGCACCUUCAUCAAGGGACACCGGCGCUCCGCUUCCUGUGGGUCGGCCUACCCCACGGCCCGCGACCCAGGGAGCGCCGCAGCGUCCGAGUGCCGCAUCAUUCGCGUGAGCAUGGCGCUGCAGAACGGCACCCUCUACAAGAGCAUCCUGGUCACGAGUCAAGACAAGGCUCCCGCCGUGAUCGUCAAGGUGCUGGAGAAACACAACCAGGAUCGGGGCCUGGCCCCCAAUUAUGAACUGGUGCAGCUUCUGCCAGAAGGGCGAGAGUUGGCCUUCCCACCUACAGCGAACGUGUUUUACGCCAUGAACAGCUCUUGCCUGGACUUCAUGCUGCGUCCCAAACGCCCGCAGGAGAAGCCGCCCCUCCCUCCGCCGCCCUCCCCCAGGAUCCCCACACCAAGAGGGGUAGAAAUCAGCGCUACUUUCCCAAAGAUCAAAGCCACCGGGCGCAAAAUUGCCAGGGCCCUCUUCUGAGAAAGAAACUGCCUCAAUGACUGCUUGGUGCUGCCGGCCACGUUGGCUUUGUGACUGUGAACUGG